GGUUCUUGAACACUUAUUCGUUUUCUUGGUGCGUGGAGACGCGGCUCACCACGAACAACUCACAUGAAAGACGGGACAGAGACUCCACAGAAGUAGAAAGCGUAUUACACGGAUGCCUACAUCUCCUACGUCUCCCGGCAGACGGGGAUCGUACUUUCUCGGCUCCUCCACCUUCUCCGUGUAUGAGGAAAUGGCUCGACAGCUGCGUGAGGAGGGUUGGCGGCGCAAAAACGAAAUGAACGUGGCCACUGCCGAUCUCAUCUUAGGCGAUCGCUUUCAGAUUCCGUACUCCCUUCUGCGAGGGGAGAGAAUGGCGCUGUCCUCGCUGUUUCACGGCACGCGAUGGAUCAAUUACUUCGAGGGUUCCCACCGACUGACGCUGAAGGCCUGCAUGGUAAAGCUAAUGAAAGAAACGGACACACAGUGGGCCAACUGGCUGCCUGAGUCGUACGCCAUCGGCGGUGACCAGCUGAAGUGUGAAGACGAACGACAGGCGUUGCUCGAAGCCGUGGCAGCCCAGCCUGAGACCGUGUGGAUUGUAAAGCCGAGCAGUGGGGCAAAGGGCCGUCGCAUCGUUCUUCUGCACGCCGCGGACGUGCCGGAGUGGCUGGCGAGCCUGUCGGAAUCUAGCAAAGCGAUGUAUGUGGUGCAGCGGUACGUGGAGCGCCCUCUGCUCCUCAGCCACAACCGCAAAUUUGACAUGCGUGUUUGGGUGCUGCUGAUGAGUCCCUACAGCGUGUACGCCUACGCUCAAGCCAGCUGCCGAACCGCAAGUGCGUCGUACGACAUGUCGGACAUCCGCAAUGUGCACGCUCAUUUAACGAACCACUGUCUUCAAACGGACGCUGAACACUUUGGCGAAUAUGAAGAGGGCAAUGAGAUGUGGCUGCCGCAGCUGCAAGCAUUUUUAACCUCCAUAGGCAAGCCUCCCGACAUCCUUGUGAGCACAAUUUUGCCGCAGGUCUCGCAGCUCGUCACGCGCACGUUGGUGGCCAUGAUGCCAGAGAUGGCUGUGCCGUCUACGGAAUCCUACCGCUGCUUCCAGCUGUUCGGCUACGACAUCAUCCUGACGGAGGAUCUCGAGGUGAAGCUGCUGGAGAUCAACGGAUCACCCGGCAUCGCGGAGCGGCAUUUGCAGCCUCUUGUGCGCAGCAUGCGCGAUAUUUUAGGGGCCGACAGUAAGAGUAGCGCCGCUUCUACGCCUGUGGAGAACAACAAAAGUAACAGCAGCGUUGUGUCGCCGACGACAUCGUCAAGGGAUUGGCGCCUGGACGACGACGGGUUCGUGUUGCUGUGGAAAAAGGGCGACCCUGUGCCUCCCGGGCUGCUAGGUGUGAAUUGA